CGCCGUCCUUGUUCCAGAGGUCCCCGAUGAUGAUGUUGCCGCUGCUGCUGCUGCUAACGACUGCAGUGGGCCUGUCCUCGGCUUCUGUCGCAGUUAGGGCGUCGGGAGCGCUAACCAAUGGCACCUCAGGCGCCACCGGCAACCGGCUGUACGACGACGCGAGCGUCGAGAAGCCGAGGCAGGGUGUCGUCGUGUGUUACUACCAGACGUGGGCCUACAAGCGGCCCUCACCCAUGACUUACGACAUCGAGGACAUACCCACCGACCUGUGCACCCACCUCAUCUACUCGUUCGUCGGGCUGGACAACUCCACCUGGAAGGUCACCCACAUCGACGAAGAGUUCGACCUCGGAAAGGAUGGUCUGAGCCGGUUCGUGUCCCUGAAGCAACGCCACCCACACCUGAAGACUCUACUGGCUGUGGGCGGAUGGGACGAGGGUGGCCAGAAGUACUCGGACAUGGUGAGCACCCGCUCGCGACGAAAGGUGUUCGUGCAGAGUGCCCUGGAGUGGGUACUCAAGUACGGCUUCGAUGGUUUCGACCUCGACUGGGAGUACCCGGGUGCCAGUGACCGCCAGGGAAAGUUCUCUGACAAGGACAACUUUCUCAAGCUCGUCAAGGAAAUGAGGGCCGUGUUCGACGAGCACAAACUGCUCAUCACUUGCGCCGUUCCCGUGGCCAAGUUCCGUCUCGACGAAGGCUACGAGGUCGAGCAACUCGGAAGGCUGCUGGACCACAUCCACGUGAUGACGUAUGACCUACGUGGCAACUGGGCGGGCUUCGCUGACGUGCAUAGCCCACUGUUUAAGCGACCCUUUGACCAGUGGUCCUACGAGAAGCUGAAUGUUCAUGACGGUCUUCUCCUGUGGGAGCAGCGUGGCGCCCCCCGCCAGAAGCUGAUCGUAGGCCUGCCACUCUACGGCCGUACCUACACCCUGGGCAGCCGGGAUAACCAUGGGCUCCGCGCACCCGUCAAGAAGUGGCUGAACGGAGGGACACCCGGCCGUUUCACAAACGCGACCGGCUUCCAGGCCUACUUCGAGGUGUGCGAGAAUGUGCUCAAGGACGGCUGGACGCGUGAGUGGGACGACGCGGGCAAGUGCCCGUACGCCUACAAGGACGACCAGUGGGUCGGCUACGAGGACGAGAAGAGCAUUGCGAUCAAGAUGGAUUACAUCAAGAAAGAAGGCUACGGCGGGGCCAUGGUGUGGGCCGUGGACAUGGACGACUACCGGGGCGACUGCAGCGAAGGUCGACGGAAUCCGCUGAUGACGAUCAUCCACAAAGCCAUCAGCGGAUACCGGGUCCCGGCGACCAAAAGAGUCACAACGGACACGCGCGUAAGAGGCGGCACUUCCACGACGACGACAACGACCGUCAAGCCAAGGCCGAGACCCCCACCGGGGAGCAAGCCCGACUGCACGGACAACUCGUGGCAGUUCUACCCGCACGAGACAGACUGCUCCAAGUUCUACCAGUGCGGCCACGGGAAGCCCAUGCUGCGCAGCUGCCUCGCGGGCACCGUUUGGGACAUUGACCGCAACAUCUGCAACUGGCCGCAGAACGCCAACCGCGAGGAGUGUCUGUCCGCAAAAGAUGAGGGCAAAGAAGACGACGAUGACGAAGAAGACGACAGGAUUAAAUGACGAAAGCAGUUACCGAGGCCAC